CAUCGUCAUGCCGCGACUAAAGACGCCGUGGUUCACAAUAUAUUGUUUCUUAUUUCCCUACGCCCUCGCUGGAUCCAACCAAGGGCCUUCUCCUUCUCCCCUCAUUUCGGGUCUUUACUUGUCGCCCUACGUAUAGAACAAGUCACGCUCCUUUGUUUGUUCAAUUCCCUUUGAUCUACUUUAUUACACCAUAUAGACUACAGUCGCUCACGUUUUCGAUUCGGUGUAUCUGCGUCUAGUCAGCCGUUAGUCAGACAUAAUAAUUACCUUCUUCCAUUUUUAUAUGUCAAGAGAGUCAUCCCGAACGCUGUCUGGAUCGUCCAGUCAUUCCAGAAACCAUUCCCCAACAGGCUCUCCUUCGAACCUCACCCCAAAGCGGCUCACUCCGAACACGACCGGGAACAUGCUAAGUGUUGGUGUGGGUGGCGCAGCCAACCUUGCGGGGUAUAAUUCAGGUUGGCAGGUUUGGAGCUCUCCUUCCCCAUCUAAACGGAAUCCUUCCCAGUCUACUCCUGUCACGCCUGGUGACCUUUCUCCCGUACAGCCUGAUGUUUCACAUCGUGGAAACUUACACGAAGGUUGGACAUCCUCGAGGUCCACCCCCAAAGCUCAUCCUCAAUUUUACGGGGAGCACGACCUCGGAAAGGAACCCACUGCUGCUCGUCUUAACCCCAAUACUUCCCCGCCGUUCAUGGCGGGCUUUUCAUGUCAGCAGGCAGGAUUCCCAGCGGCAGGAUUUGACCCUGUACCGGCUUCAUCUGUUGUCGAUGACUUGUCACUAGCCAUUCGCGGAAUGGCUGUCGAAGAUGAGUUUACCGUCAACCGAGAACACGGGCAACCCAUGCAUCCCCCGAUCCAAGUAAACCAAGGUACUCUGCCACGUUUAGCUCCCUCCUUAGUACAGCCUCGACUACCCUACGGAGCAUAUCCCAACUAUUAUCCCCCCGUUGCCCGCGACCCUUACCCCGAAUAUUCUUAUAGCUACGAUGCCUAUAGAGGCCCAUCAGACCCUUCCUUGUAUGGAACUACCGCAUCCGGAAAUGCCUCUGCACCUCCCAUGUUUCACGGGGCCAAUGUCGGUCCUCCAAACCUCACCCUCAAUCCCAUGCCAGAUCUCCACCGCCAGCAGCAUCAGAAUGUCUUUUACGACUAUGGAUCCUCCCGUGCACCUCAAUCCCAAUUUUAUUAUCCCCCGCAUCAACCGAUGAUGUACCCGCCUACCGCUCCUAGCAUGAUACUUCCGCCAUUGAUGAACCACGUAGCUCCAGCACAUGCAGACAAAAAGCGUGAAGUUUCGUAUAAUAUGCAACAGCAAAUAAUCUCCCGUCAGACUCAAAUGUUUAAUGCGCUGCAGUCCACACCACCUCCACCACAUGGAUACCUUCCUCCAAUGGACUACGGUGCACAAAUGUCUCUCAUGGUGCCUGGGUUUGGUCCCACUAUUCCUGGUUUGCAGGGAUUACAUCCAGCAAUGCGACGGGAGACUGGGAUGUCUUUUCGGAGUCCCUUGCUUGAGGAGUUCAGAACCAACAGGUCACGGAUAUGGGAGCUCAGGGAUAUAUACGGUCACAUAGUCGAAUUUAGUGGAGACCAACACGGUUCUCGGUUCAUUCAGCAAAAGUUGGAGACUGCUUCAAGUGAAGACAAACAAGUCGUGUUCGAUGAAAUCGUCCCCAAUAACACAUUGCAGCUAAUCCAAGAUGUGUUUGGUAAUUAUGUUAUUCAGAAAAUUUUCGAACAUGGAACGCAGGUGCAAAAGACGAGGUUAGCGAACGCAAUGGAGGGACAUGUGUUCCCGUUAUCUAUGCAAAUGUACGGCUGUCGUGUCGUGCAGAAGGCUAUUGAAUACAUACUCCCCAAUCAACAAGCCGGCUUCGUUCGCGAAUUAGAACCUCACAUACAAGACUGUGUACGACACCCACACGGGAAUCACGUUAUCCAAAAACUAAUUGAACGUGUCUCACCCGAACGCCUGGUAUUCGUCGAUAAUUUCCGAGGUAGUGUUAUGGACCUAGCGACAAACUCGUACGGUUGUCGGGUACUCCAGCGCUGUUUGGAGCAUCUCCCUUAUGACAUGGUGGCUCCCUUGCUUGAAGAACUUCACCGUCGAUCUGUCCAAUUAAUGACGGAUCAAUAUGGGAAUUAUGUCAUACAAUUCAUUAUUGAACACGGUAAACCUCAAGAUAGAGUUUUGGUCAUUUCCAAUUUGCGUGGUCAUUUGUUGGAAUUGGCCCGUCACAAGUUUGCUUCCAAUGUUUGCGAGAAGGCCCUUCAAGCCUCCGAUACCGGGACACGCCGUGCUCUUGUCGAUGAAUUGCUAGUUCCUAAGCACGAAGGAGCAACCCCCGUCGCCUCAAUGAUGAAGGAUCAAUUCGGAAAUUACGUCUUGCAACGAGCGGUCGUGGUGGCUGAUUCGGAUCAACGUGACCUCUUGAUAGGCCUUAUUCGAACUCAAAUCCCAGCGAUGCGCCGGUACUCCAGUGCCUACAAUAAACAUCUCUUGUCUAUUGAGCGCCUGAUAGAUAAAUACAACGCUCCCUCUUAGCCUGCAAUGCUACUUCAAAAGUUUACUUCAACCACAUGUUAAUUCUCCGAUAGGCACCUAUCAUUACAUACAAUCCAUUAUAAUCUACACCUCUGCAGCUCUACCUCUCAACACAACUGUUUCCGUAUGUUAUUUACCGGACGUUCUCGCAUUGUUUUGUUUGUUUUUUUGGAUAUCCUCGCAUCGCAACGGUACAUCUCUACUAAUUGUGGAUCGGGACACUUUUCUUGGAAACUACGCUCCAUUUACUCUCAAUGCCUUUAUCCUCUACCUUCGCUUUAUAUCCGGCGUUUCUUGCUCUCGUUAUCCAGUCAAUUUUUUAUCUAUGCCCAUCUUGAACACUACUCUACGUAUACCAAUCUCCAUCACAUUAUACCAAGUACAUACAUUGGUACAAUAAUUUGCUGUUAUAACUUACUGUUGACAAGACUCUCAAGGACCUGUGUUGAUUACCUAGCGACGUGCGUUGAACGUUGAAGCCUUUG